AAUGAUGGGUUAUAAACAUGACAAUUACGAAGAUUUACUGCCACAUCCAUACUUUUAUUUGUGGAGAAUAAUCGUCUUAUGAUUUUUCCGCCUUGGGCGAGGCAAGAGGGAGUGCCUUACUGACUUAAAAUCACUCUGUUCCUAGAUAUGCCUAUUUCCUACUUUUCGAAGUUUAGCUGACAGUACGAUUUUGUUAUCUGUGUUAAGAAGAUUCAAAGAUUGACGGCCCAGGUGAUCUGUCACUGUCAAUAGUCAAUAUCCGAAAUAUUUUAAUUUUAUUUGGAUUUCGUGUUGUUGUUAUGCUGAAGUAGUGAUAAAUAUCAGUAAAGGAUAGGAUGCCGCAGUGCAGUAUAAUUGGAUGUGGCACCAAAACUGCUAGUAAACCGCCAGAUGUAACAUUACAUCGUUUGCCUAUCAUUGAACCAAGUAGAAGUGCUUGGCUGGAGAUAAUUGGUGUGGAGAACAUAGACACUGGAAGAAAAUAUAUCUUCGUUUGUUCACUUCAUUUUGAAGAUUCCUGUUUUAAUCGAACAAUGAAUAUAGUAAAACUACGUGAUGGGGCGCUACCAUCACAAACUCUACUGCCUCCAACUAGACCAAAAGUCUCUGGUAUGCUAUUUGAAAGAGAUGAAAAUGAAGUUGCAACAUUGGAUUACGUGUAUAUAAAAAGUGAAGAUAUGCCACUGGAACACAGUACCCCAGAACAUAGUCCUAGUAUUUACUCUAAUCAAGAUCCUCUAGCCAGACCUGUGAAUGAAAACAUACAUGGAACUAGUUCUGGAUUCAUCUCGAAAGAUGGUGUUACAGAUGUAUCGGGUCACACACUUCAUAUUAUAAAUAAAUUAAAGGAAAAAAUACAGAAACAAGCAAAACAAAUUAAAAGACUAAAUGAAAAAGUAAGGCGACAGGGGAAAAGAAUCGCAGAUCUCAAAACUACAAAAUUAAAACAAAAAGUAAUAUGAAAAUAAUGAUUAUCUCACAUAAAUGACUGAGAAAAGCUAUACUUGUUUCAAGUAACAAUGGGACUCUUAUACACGAGUAACGUGCUCAAACGUUGAAACGUUACAUAGCCUAUUGGUUAGUGUCGCUCUUCUCACUCCGGUGGCGUUUGCGGCAGUGUUGAAACGCUCAGGUCAUUUACCAGGGGCGCUGGUGGAGGUUCAAUUCCGGGGUAGACACAAACUCCUGGCUAGAAAAGCUGUGAAUCGACGAAUUUUUAUGUAUAACAAAAAAUCAAAUUUUUUUUUUGAAUAAAUUAUAACAUAUUUUUAAAAUGCU